UUCGACUUCUGGCAGCCCUCUCUGCUUCAGCGAUGUUCCUGGAUUUCCCCAGCGUUCGGCUCUGGGAUCGUUGGCUACCAGGAACCGAUCAUCAAAACUCCACCCCCGCCCAAAACGGCUGUGGUUCGUUAUUCCCCACAAUGAAGCGUUUCCCAAAACGAUGCUCAAUCACGGCCCGACUUGCUUGUUCAAGAGUCAACCCUGUUCGUCAUUCCAACAAACGGACCUCCGAUCUGUCCACGCCGGGAGUAUCGACCGAGUUUAUCGAUUGAUGCAAAAGGGGGCUCGCAACCGAGUCGUCGCCUCAUCUCCGCUGCUAAGAGAUAUUGUCAAUGCUCAGAAUAACUUCAAAAAUACACUCGUUAAUUGAGGUCAGCUGAGCUGGUAUUAUUUCUGUGUCUGUGAGUGCAGUCAACACAAAGAAUCGCUACCUAGUACUCCGUAAUCGAACGGGUGUCCGCAGAAUCGAAGUGCCGCGUUUCACCGCACCCGCUGUCAGUUGUCCCUGGACUGGCGCCAGCAGUUUCAUGUUUCAGGUCUGACCAGCCCAUCAGAGUCUGGGUUGGGGAUAUCUGACCAAUCAACAUGAGCCGCUUUUCUCGGACCGACGUCUCCACUAGAACAUUGUUCCCUUUCCACGAUGUCACUGAUGUCCAGAAGCAUCGUGAACUCAAUUUCGCAGAGGCCAAACGAUCAUAUGCACUGCUACACUGACGGCUGACCACGGAGCGUCCUGUGCGCUUUUCACAGUCACGACCUUCAACGAAAUAGGGAAAACUGGAUCACAUUGCAACGGUAUCCACGGACUCAUCGAGCUGCCGAUCUCCAAUAUCUGCUGGACGGCCAAUUCCUCUGGUAUCGGCCGCUUUGACGACGAGAUGGAGUCUGCAAUUUCAACACAGCUGUCACGGGUUCAACUGGCAUCAUCGAGAAACGAACAUAGCUUGCCGUUCAUAUCAAGCGCUGGUGCCGUUUUAGUGUAGUCCCAAAAUAGGAGCGAUCCAGCCAGAAAAUCCCGGUUGACGCUCGCCAAAUUCGCGGUUCCUGGGUCCACGAGGCGCUGCCGCCAGCGAAUCGCCCCGUCAGAUCGGGUUGAUCGGCAGCCUCCGUUUCUGACAACCGCCCACCCAGCCCUUGAAGGCGUCUAGAAGCCGCCCGAAACGCCGCCUUCAGUGUCAACACAACUCUCAAAAACGCUCAUCACAGACAUUCUUCUCGCAUACGCAGUAAUUGUGAAUAACUUCUUGCUAAUGACAAAUGGUACGCUGAUAGCUCGGUGUCCGGGCACUUUGACGAGAACUGGUGGACGACUGAGACAUCGCGACAGGGACAGGGUGUAAACCCCACAACUCGCUUGGAGCACGCACUGCCAAGAGCAACCAUCGCCAGGCGUUUCUUUCCAAGUUCAGACAGGUGGUGCAACGGUGGAGAGUUAUGCCAAGCACAACCCCUUGUUGUGUUCUGCUCAGGGGUUCCUCAGUCUUGUUUCGAGUUGAAGCCAUCACAUUCGUAUCCAACGCUGGAACACACAUGAACCAAAGCUCUGGCCACCGCAAGAAUGUGCAGAUAGCUUCGCCUGCGAGAAAGAGACCAUUCAGUUGUGGUCCAUCACCCAAGUCAUGUUGAGAUUACCCAAGGCCCGAGCCACCAACAGCUGGUUCAAAGCGCAAAGUUAUCGUGCGCUGGACAAGUUCAUAGUGUAUGGAGUCUUCAAGCGUCUUGGAGACCCGGUAACACCGAUGUCUGAUGAGACCGAGGCGGCGAUUCCAGCCAUACGGAUAUGGGGAUCCUACUUCGUGGCUGCGACUUCGGCAUUUCUUGUGUCAUCGUCUCUUGGGUUGGGAAAAUCACGAUCCCUCCCAGCUCAGCCCGGCUCGAUAACACCAAGUCAAAGCUCUGAACAAGAACCCAGCGGUCUGGAUGAAACAAAGCAACACCACACGAACGGCGAAUACGCUACACCAAGAUCCUUUACAAUCCUACUUUGCAUCUGUCAUACCCAUGGCAGGAUAUUCAUCCUGAUGCGCCGGCCCGCUGCCCAGGUCGAUCAAAUUAUCUUUACCCCCUUCCUAACCAGUCGUGCCCGCCUCGUUACACCAGACCUCUGGUCCUCGACCAUGUUUGUAUCACUCAUCCAAAGCUCAAUGCACUUCUUCAAAAGACGGACGGCACGGCACGGCGUAGCCAACCCGACCAUCUGGACUGCCUAA